UUUGUUUGACUAUCCAACUUGAGCACAGGGUAUUCCUCGCUACAUCUCUGUGCUCCUCCCAGAGGUAAUUCCUCCUCUGGUCACUGCUGUGGAUACACAACCAGACUGUCUCCAGGCACUACAGUCAUAUGCAAGGCAAGGUUGUUGUUGCCAGCCUUCAUGUCAUGUUUGCAGAUAUCUUUGUAAUGCAAAGUUGGUCUGCCAAUGGACCUGGAGCUAACUCCCCAUAGAACAAAUCCUUGGGGAUCCUGCCAUCUUCUAUUCUGUGGUAAUGACCAAGCCAAAGUAGAUAUGGCUGAGACAGGAGUGGAACAUGUGUAUAUUAAUGGAAAUUGUCCUUUGCCUACAACAGAAAUUAUGUAGGAUAUUCUUGGAUAUUGGUUUAAGUCCAUGGCAGGACUGGGCAACCUUUGACCUUGGACUCCAACUCCCAUCAUCUAGGACUAGGGCUGAUGGGAGCUGCAGCACAACAUAUGGAGAGUAACAUGUUCACUAUCUCUGGUCUAUGGAAAGGGCCCUCACAGUCUCACUUUCUCUGUGCAAUCCUAAAUAUAAUGGACUUUUCUCACUAGAAACAAUAGGAUAAAGCAUGCAUAAAAUACCGUAUUUUUCCAUGUAUAAGACUAGGGGUUUUUUAACCCAAAAAUUAGGUUUCAAAUUGGGGCUCGUCUUAUACACGGGUAGUGCUGAGGGGCGUUUUCUUAAUUUGGAGUCCCCCAAAAAUUGUUGUUGUUGUUUAGUCAUUUAGUCGUGUCCGACUCUUCGUGACCCCAUGGACCAGAGCAUGCCAGGCACUCCUGUCUUCACCCCCAAAAUAGGGGGUGUCUUAUACAUGGGGAUGUCUUAUACACAGAAAAAUACAGUAAUCUAGUAUUACAGUAGCAAAGCCCCCAUUUUGAAGGGGGCUUCUUUGCUGGUGGUGAGGGCAACAGUUUUAGCAUUUCUGCCAGGCAAUGGAGAGUUGUCAUUCCAGGAAGAUUCUAGAAGAAGUUGAAUUUACCUCACCACCAACUACCAGCAUUCUUGGUUUUCUGCUGGGUUCAUAGCUGAAUCUUCUUUGGCUCUUGAAGAACACAGGAAGCUGCCUUAUACCAAGUCAGAACAAUGGGCUGUGUAGCUCAGCACCAGCAGCAACUCUCCAGGGUUUCAGACAGAGGGCACCCCAAUUUACCUGAGGCAUUGGACCUCAGGGCUUUUGCAUGCAAAGCAGAUGCUCUACUAGUGAGCUGCAGCCCUUCACUACACCAUCAGACCACUGAACCAUCUAGCUCAAUACUGUCUGCACUGAUUGUCUGCAACUCUCUGGGGAUUUUAGAUAGGGGUCUUUCUCAGCCCUUCCUGGAGAUGCCAGGGAUUGAAACUGGGGCUUUCUGCAUAAAAUGUAAAUGUUCUACCACUGAGAUACUGCCCAUCUCAUUCAACCUUCUUCCUCAUCCCAAGUAGACCAUUCAUUCCAAUGUGAAACGAAGAUUCCUGGCAGACAAGCACUACUGCACCAACUCUGGGAAGACAUGAGACAGAGAAACAAUGAUUAGUCCAAGAUAGAGCCCUGAGACCCUUGUCAAGCAAGAAUCCCCCAGCUCAGAAAUCUUGACAGGCUAUACUGCUAGAAUUGGCAAAACAGUGAAUGUAUCUGCUGAAGAAUAAUCUCCUAGCUGUAGUUAUUACUAUCAUUAGCUUUACAGCUAUUUGGGGAUAUUACUGGCCUUUUGGUGUGUUUUAUGUCUAUUUAAUUUUCUGUAUUUUUAAUUAUUAAUUAUUGAAUUGUUAAUUUAGUGUUGUAAACAGUAUUAUCAUUUUAAUUAUGUAUCAUGAUUACUGUAUUGUCUUCAGACUGUUAUUUGGUUGCAAACCACUUUGAGCAGAAAUUUGUAGAAAACGCAACAUGGGAAAAGAAGCAAGCUUGUGCAUAGGGCUGGCCCACCCAUGAGGCAAGGUAAGGUGACUGCCUCAGGCAGCAGGAUCCAGAGGGGCAGCAGAUGUCAAUGUAGAUCUUUAUUCCCCUCCUUGUUCCUGAUGUAGAUCUUCACUUACUCCUUCUUCCCUAGUGAGGAGAAGGGCACCAUUUUGUGGUUGGUUUCAGGUGCCAAAAUGUAUUGGGUUGGCCCUGUUUGUUUUGUGUUUGUACAUUGUGUUUAGGAUUGCAGUCUAUAUGUCAUUCAAUGAGCUGGAUCCAUGUGGGUGUACAGAAAAAUCUACUUGUAAUGUAUUGAGCUGAGUGGUCAAGGUAAGAAAUGUGGCUCAGAAAAUAUAUUUCAUUAUGAGAAAUUCAAAUGAAUCAACUUCAUUGGUCUGGAUGGUCUUUAAAGGAGGAGGAGAAGCUGGUGGUCUGUGUAUUAUUAACUCUUCAGGAUCUAUAAGUUGUGGCAAUGAUUGUGUGAUUAACUAUGGACCCCUGUUUUCCCCAGCUGCCCCCCCCCCAUAUUCAUGUCUGGCUGAGAUCCCUUUUGAUACUGGAUUAAGAAAACUGAAUACAGCUCAACAAGCUCUAAUCGAUGCCUCCAAAAUUGAUAUUCAGGAAACAUCCCCACUUUGCUUCUAAACAAAUAAUUUCAUCAUAAGAUAAUUCUCAGCAAAACUACAAUACAUUUUCACAAUGUGUUAUGGGAGCUGGGGCUAUUCAGUUCUAAAUAAUGGUUUCUUCACUCGACAAGUAAAUUGAAAUUGAUUGGUUUCAGUCUCCUGUGCAGAAGCACACAAUACCUAUGCACAGCGAUGCGAUUGACUUCAGCACAACAGACCCCAGCCUUCCAUUCUCAAGGACCCAGGGCAGAAUUUUGCAAUCACUCCCCUUCUGUACUGGAAUCUUUGUGAACCUUGACUCUCUUUAAAUGUCAGCUUGUGACAACAAUACCUUUACAGAAGGGGAAUUGGCCUCUUGUGUCGGAAAGUAGAAUCCUGCAUGUGGAUAUAGGGCAAAACAAGAAGAGUUUUUUAAAACAAUAAAAAUGAUGAAUUAAAUGAAAAGGUUAUGCACCUCCUUUAUACAUUAUAGGCGAAAUAGAUUAAAAAGUCUUGGCUAUACAGAGAGAAUGUGGCAAUCAGUUCAACCUUCUGUGUGUUUGUGCAAGAUGAAGCAGUCUUACACACAUUUACGUGAAAGUAAGAUGUAUUGAACUUAAUGAAACUGUUUCCAGACAUGAUAGCAUUGUGCUGUAUAUGUAUGCAGUACACCUCACAGACACCCCAGUUACCAAGAAAGAAACACCACUUUUCAUUUACCCCUCCCCCAGGGUCUCAUUCCUGUUUAGUCACCACCAGUUCUGACCCUUGAAGUUACAUGUGGAAUUGCUGCUGCUGCUGCUGCUGCUGCUGUUGUUGUUGUUUUGGCCUGAAUAUGGGUCACUUUACACUUGCCUAUACGGAAUUGCAUUUACCAUUUUACUGCCCAUUCAGCCAGUUUUGAGAGGUCCUUUUGGAGCUCUUCAUAGUUUUUGUUUGUUUGUUUGCUUGCUUGCUUUAACAACCCUGAACAAUUUAGUAUUAUCAGCAAACUUGGCCAUAUCUCUUCUCUCUCUUAACCCUAGACAGUGGUGUAGAAAGUGGGGUGCAGUGGGUGCAGGCUGCCCCAGGGGGGUGACAAAAUGGCAAAAAUAUGGUGUGUGGUUUUUUAAAAAAUGGGGCUCACGAAUCUUUUUAGUUCAGUCAACAAACGUAAUGAAACGCGGCUGGCAGCAUGCCUGAUCCACACUUCUCUCCUGGGAGUGACAUGGUGGCUUGGGCGCCUGCAGGCUCCAUGGCAGCAUGGGGCAUGCGUCCGCCCACCGCCUCUCCUUCAGCUGCCCUACAGCUGAGGGGGAGGCAGCAGAGAGGCUUUGCACAGUGUGCCCUGCCCUGGCUUGCCCCGUCCUCAUGGGCUCCACCCCCAGGUGCAGGGCGCGUGCACUACCCUGGGCACCCGAGCGGCUAGCUACGCCGUUGACUCUAGAUAACCUAUUUACAAGUUACAAAGCACAGGUUGCAAUUCUGAGCCAUUGGGAACUCCACGUUCUACAUCCCUUCAUCAGAAUUCUCCAUUUAUUCCUGCUCUCUGCUUCCUUUUAUGCAACCAGUUUCUGAUUCACAAGAGGACUUCACCUGUUAUCCCAUGACUGCUAAACUUACUCAGGAAUCUUUGGUGAAAUACUUGGUUGAAAGCUUUUUGAAAUUCCAAGUACACUAUGGGUUUUGUGUUUUGUUUUUUAUAUAAUUUUUAUUCAUUUUUAAACAUAUUAAUUGUCAUACAUACCACAAAGUUUUACAUCUUAUACAAUCUUUUUGUACUUCCAUCAACACCUCUGCUGAUCCCCCAUUUUUAUCAUUUCUUCUGCAUUUCUUAAGUUCAUAUUGCCUUUAAUUAUCUUCACUAAUGUCUCCCUUUUUAUCCAAUUAUGCAAUAAUUCAAAUUAUUCACCUCACAAAACUUCUUGCAAACCUACAAAUGUAAUCUGGUCAUCACAAUUACUUUUCAAAUAGUCCGUAAAUUUACACCAAUCUUCUGUGAAUCUCUGAUCCCGCUGGUUUUGAAUUCCUCCUGUUAGCUUGUCUAAUUCUAUUUGUCCAUCAAUUUCAUCCUCCAAUCUUCUUUGGUCCCGCUGGUUUCGAAUUCUUCCUGUUAGUUUGUCUAGUUCUGCAUAGUCCAUCAAUUUCAUCCUCCAAUCUUCUUUCGUCGGUAAUUCUUCUUGUUUCUAUUUUUGUGCCAAUAAUAUUCUUGCUGCCGUCAUUGCAUAUAAAAACAGCUUACAGUCCUUUCUAUUUAUAUCAUCUCCUACAAUGCCCAGUAAAAAUGCUUCUGGUUUCUUAAUAAAUGUAUAUUUCAAGUACACUAUGGCAACUGGAUAAUCUCUUAUAUGUUUGUUGAUAUUCUUAAAGAACUGUAAAAGGUUUGUGAGACAGGGCUUAACCUUGCAGAAGCCAUGCUGGUUCUGUUUCAGCAAAUACUGGUGUUGAGAGAUGAAAUUCUAGGCCUAAGAGACAAUAAAUAAAUAAAUGGACAAUUCACCAUGUCUGGAUGGCAUCCACUCGAUUGUUCUCAAAGAAUUCAAAUGUGGAAUUGCUGAUUUUCUAACAGUUUCUUGGGUUGCUGAGUUUGUUUUUCUAAGCGCUCGUGAAAAUUCAUCAGCAUUUUAGAAAUAAUUUCUCCUAAUAUACAUAUUUUUGUAUGCCAUUUUUCUUAUAUACACAUUGUACAAGCACAUUAUUUCAUCUCAUUUUUAGUAAUACAUUGUUACACAUAUUUUCCCCCAACAUACACAUUUCUGUACAAACUGUUUGGAGAACUGCAUUGAAAAAGAUGCAUAAAUGUGAAUUUUGAAGUAUAAGCUGGAUUUGGUUUGCAUAUAUUAAAAGAAAGUGUAAAUCAGGUUGAGUUUGCAUGAAAUACUAAAUGAACCGUGUCCUAAGUUGUGAGUUAAAGAAGGCUUACAUUAAUUUGGGGGUUCUGUAUUUGGUUCUGGUGGUUUACAGUCACAGACAAUGAAAUGAGCAGCUUAAAGAUGGUCUUUCUGUCUACCCAUGAAGGGCAAGUUCUCUUUAUUAAAUUCUAAGUCAUCUUACUCUUCUUCAGAGAUCUGUGAAAAGGAUCUUAUAUUAAUGUUUUAGAAACGUGCAAAUUAAUUUCAGUAUAAUUGUUGAAUUAAUAAGUUAAGAGGUACAUGUUUAAUCAGCCAAAGAUUCUUUCAUUGGCUGACAAUCUUCAUGCAUUAUAUUAGUUUAACAAUUAAGCCAAGCUUAAAAUAGCAAUAGGAAUUCAGUUAGUAAUUGACUGCUUCUUUAUUCAUUCAGCCUCGACCUCCCCAUUACAUGGAAUUCUAUCUUUCUUCUACCUCUUUCAUUCAGAAUCAGCCUAAGAAGGAUGUGAGUCCUACUAGAGUAAGAGUAGGCCUCAACUACUUGAUGCUUUCUCCUCCAGUCAUUUUUUCAGUUCAAAAUCACCCUCCCUACUGUGGGGAAAGACUGGGGUUUCAAGGCUGACAAAAAUCUCAGAAAGUUAUAAAAUAGCUAGUUAUAAAAUAGCUGUAUUUGCUCCUUGGAAAGCCUUUUAUGGCCAGGGGGGGGGUAGUGGAAGUAAAGGUGUGCAUUGUAUGUUUACUGUAUGGCGUGGUGGUUUGAGUGCUGGACUAGGACCUUAAGAGACCAGGAUUCAAAUCCCCACUCAGCCAGAAAGCUCACUGGGUGACCUUGGACCAGUCACUAUCUUUCAGAUCAAGCUACCUCACAGGCUUGUUCUGAGGAGAAAACUGGAGAAACAUGUAUACCCCUUUGAGCUCUUUGGAAGACAGGUGGGAUGUGAAUGUAACAAAUAAACCCACUUGUAUGCACCUUGUUUGCGUUUUAAAGCCUUUCCCAACAGCCUUGCUUUAUGGCAGCCCUGCUUCAUGUCAGAACUAAUUCUGCACACAGGGAUUUCAUUUCUGACUCAAGAGGGCACUUUCUCCUUCACAGGGCUAUUGAUAUCACAGGCUAGCAUUUAUAGAAAGUCUGGGUUCGCAAUGGUUCCACUACAGAAGGAGAAGGGUUGAAGAAUUCUACUGAGUCCAAGCAGGUACCAGCAGCUGGAUUCAGUCAACAUACCAUGUUGUUUUCAAGCACCCUCAGUGAUAAUCUCAGAGUCCAGGUAUGAUGGUUUAUGUCUACCGCCACCUAACAUUCCUUGGCCAGCAGAUUUUUAAAUGGUGCAACGCCUUACAAGAAAACACCCGCACAUACAUUAAUUAUCAGCAUCCAAAACUCUCUCAUUUCAAUCUUUUAGCAAUCCAUGAUAGCUCAGUUGGUGGGGCAUGAGACUCUUAAUCUCAGGGUCGUGGGUUUGAGCCCCACGUCAGGCAAAAGAAUUCUGCAUUGCAGGGGGUUGUACUAGAUUAUCCUCAUGGUCCCUUCCAACACUAAUCCUAUGAUUCACACUCAGGGCCAGCAGUAGACAUUGUGCCAAUGUGCCAUCCAAAGCAACUGCUGUCCCACUUACUUCCUCUGCCCCUUGUCAACUGCACAGCUGCCACUAGCAUGGUAACAGCACUGACCAUGCAUUGACUCCAGCUCCCAGUCCCUUUAUGCUGAGAAAGGUCUAGGGUUCCUUCAGAGCAAGGCAUUCUGGGCAGGGUGGCCCAGAAGAUUGCCUGCUCCACCAUGGCUUGGUUGCCAUGGCCAUCCCUACUUGCACUGGAGCAAUGCCUCUCAAUCUCUCCUACAAUUAGGAGCAUAAGAAACUGCCUCCUACUGAGUAAGGUCACUGAUCCAUUUAACUCAGUAUGGCCUGCUUGGACCUGCAGUGGCUCUCCAGUGAUUCAGGCAGGAUCUUUCUCAACCCUAUCUGGAGGUGUUGGGGAUUGGAAUUGUGAGGUGGGGGUGCUGUUCAGAGAGCUACAGCCCUUCUCCUGUUAAUCACUCUCUCUUAACAAGGAGAGGAGUGGGAUUAUCUGCUGCUGUGGCCUAUACACAUUCACACAAACAUCCACCACUGUCACAUCUUAGAAUACGGAAUUUGGUAGAGUUAGUGGACAAUUCUUUAAAAUACUCUAAUUCCAUUAGCAAUGAAUGAGCUAGGCUGAAAAAACCCUCAGCAUUUGGUUAUUGAUAAAAUCAAUUCAAAUUAAACUACACAUUAGCAUUGCAAUAUUAAUAUGCACAUAUCUGUAUGCAAUUGUCUCUGAUAUACAUAUUCUUGCAACACAUUUUCACUGAUAUAAUUCAUUUUUAAAUGUUAUUUCCACUAAUACAUGCAUUUGUACACUUUACCAUAAAUGUAUUCAUUUUAAUACACGUUACUUAGCUGCAUUUCAAAAUUCAGAGAACUGCACAUUUCAAAGAGGGUAGUGUUUCGUUUCACAUACUGUUGCAGAAAGUAAUUUGAUCUAAAUUUGUCCCCCAUCUCUAGUGAUUGCAUAGCAUUGUUCUGAUGGGGACAUCUGGGUUAAAAACAUAACAGCCUACACUGCUGGAAGUCAACAUCCAGAGACCCAAGGUUGAAGAACCAUAUUCCAGGGUGUUUCUGGGUAAGAGGAUCAUGGCCACUAUCAGGUAGCAGCCAAGGGAGAGUAGUCUGCAGCCAGCCAGUUUUGCUCUAACUUUGAAUAUCACUUUUACCCUCAAAAUUAAUUUGACCCCAUUUUUCCACCUCAAUUUUGACAUGGAAGUUCUCAUUAGAGAACUUUUGUCCCUUCUUAACUGUCCCUGAGACAUGUUGAGCAUAUGCCACUCAGAAAUAAUUCCAGGUAUCCGUCUCUUCAUAAACAGCCUUGUUAAUACCAUCACUUCUAGUAGAUUAAUUUUUUUAAUAUCUUCUCAUUCCAAAUUUAGUGCUGCAUGUAGGAGUUCUUACCUUUUUCCAGGUUACUCAGGCAGAAGUAUUCAUUUAAUUCUCCCAAACGGAGUUAUAAGGGUUUAAAAUUACCUUCACUCUCCUGCCUAACCUUUCUGUCUCUUUGCUCAUUUAUUUCUCAACCAGUGGCAAUGGACUGAUAUAAAAGAUUACACAAUCUGUGUUAAUCAAGCCAUUUGUGCAGAGACAGAAAAUACUGUUUAAUUAAAGGGGGGAGGAGAAAUGUUUAAGGCUGAGAGAGAGAACUGUGCAAGUAUGUCACUGCAUUAACACAAACCACUGAAUGUCACCUAUAUUAAUUUUUGUUUUGUGGAACAUGCAUAUUCUUAGGAUCAAUGUUCUUUAGAAAUACGUUCAAUCUAAAACCUAAAAGCUGUGCUUCUCCGCUAAAACUUCUGCAAAUAUUUAUAUUACUGAAAAGUUGCCUUUUCCUGGCUCCAGAACAUAUUGUUCAGAGGGUGCUAUGUGAGGGUUCACCACUGAAAAGGCCCUCUCUUUAAUCACCACCUCCCCAACCUCUGACAUUCUGAGGGGAGCCUCUGUAGAUGAAAUUUAAGACCCAGGUGAGCUGGUAAGGUGCUGGGGUCCCAAUCUGUGUAAAGCAUUAUAGGGUUUGGGGUGUUUUGUUUUGUUGUUUUUUAAACAACCUUGAAUAAUAUCUUGUGUUAAGAAUACAUGAAGAGCCUGCUGGAUCAGACCACUUGACUGACGUAAGUAGUUAUGCUGCUAGUAGGUUGUUAGGUUUUGUAAGGAAGUUACAAAAGUUGUAAGGAAAUGAAAUAUUGUUUUUUAGUCUUGCUCUUCACUCUGGGAACAUGGUAUCAAUGAAGAGUGGAGAAUAAAUCAUUUAAACAGGAUAAUUAAAUAGUAAAUUAUACUAUGGUAAAACUUGUAUUAAUUGCUCUCCAUUUUUACCCCUGGCCCUGCCUACCAAUUGUUGCCCAUACGGAGAUGCAGCCCUUUGUCUGAAAAAUGUUUCCCCACUACUGCUUUGGUUAAUGAUUGCUGGAGGUUGUAGCCUACUCUAUGCAUUAAGGAUCCCUAUUUGAAGUAUUUGGAGUUUUAAUCAUAUUUAUCUUAUUUACUCUUGUUAUUAAGUGGAACUUUAAUUGCAAAUGUUUAAUUUGGAUGGGUUGCAUGCCCCCCACCCUGAUAUUAUGAUGAAGGGCAGGCUACUUCGAAAUAUUUUAAAUAAAUGCCAGUAAGUAUAAGUAGAAGCAGGAUAUUUUUCCAACUGAGAUUAUUCACUAAGUGAAUCUAUGGGUGAGACAUUGAUGAUUGAGCAGAACAAGAGUGGCUUUAAACUUCACUGCACACACAUAUGGCAUCAGUACAAAAACAAAGCAAAGAUCUGAAUAAUAUCCAGGUGCAACAUUUGUGACAUCUUAUAACUGAGAUGUCUAUUCAGUACUUUAAAUAACUUUUAUCUUUUUAAAGGAAAUCACAUGCUAAAUACGGGGAAAUCUUAGCAAUCAGUAGGAAACUUCAUCCAGGAAACAGCUGUUACAUAUCUUGUGUGUUUGUGUGUAUGUAUAACAUUCAUUUCCAGCUUUGCCCCUUUGAUAGUCUGAUAUUGAAGAAGCAUAUAAUUGUAUUGGGCCCCUCAAUGCCUCUUCUGGAAAAAGUUUGUCAAGCACAACAUUAUCUGCCAUCACCCUCUCUGAUGGUAUGACUAGCCCUGAUCUGGGGCAAAAUCCAGGCAAAGGGGGUUUCAGAAGUAUCCUUGGUUCCUGAGACAUGAGGAAGAUCUCCUUCAGAAGUCCCACUAAGAUUAAUGGAAGCCUUGCAAGACCACCAUAUUGUUCACUUAGCAAUUUGACUAAAAGUUCAGCACAAACUCAGGGUGACUGUUUAGAGCCUGCCAAUGCCCCCUGAGCAAGCACUCUUGUUAUUCUGGAAGUAAUUGUGAAUGUUAAAAGGUAUGAUGUGAGCUUUGCUACAAAAAGAAAUACAUAACACUAAAAAUACCCCAGUGAUCCAUGCACGUUGCCAUCGUGUCUGACAAAUUCAAUUAAGUCAGUCAUACAUCAUUUCCCCCAGUGUUAUCGAUAGAGACACAGCAGUAUUGAAUUUUAAUUAUUCAGCACGUAUCGAUCCUACAAUAAUUUGGCGAGAAUGAUUUUCGAGUUGUCAGUCCCCUCAAGAGGCAACAGCUAUUAUCUAAUUAUAUAUCACACAGUGUCAUUUGAGCAAAAAGGGAAAAAGUCCUGCAAAUUUUUACAGACAAGAGACUCACACAUAGCUCACAGUGACACGAGUGGCUGUAAAGAAGAAGUGGCAAUGGCCUUUUCAUUUGUAUUGAGAGGGGGAAAUGCCAUGUCAGAAUUACACUUUGGAGAAGUUCACAUUUUAUACAAUUCACUCGACAAUUGCUGAGCAAAGGCCUUCUUCCACAGAUCCAUGCGGGCAUACAGCUAUGUGCAGUGAUAUCUCCAUUCCGUAACCUGUUAUCACUUAUGAUCAUCUCUCUCUGAAGUUGAACAAAGGAAAUUAUUGAGCCAUGAGUAGCCCCACGAUACACACAGCAUUAAUCACAUGUAAUUUCCCCAUGGGGCUAAAUGCAGCUGGGAAGACAAGGAAUUUAGAAGCAGAAUACUGACAAGGGGGAAAGAGUACAUACUCCUUUAAAAAAAUAAAUGCUGUUCUAACUUUUAAAAGAUGUUGCUCAAGUUUUAAAAAAUGGAACAUGGGGAAAACAACAUGGGAUUAACAACAUGGCCUCCAACUCCCAUCAGCCCCAGCCAAAACGGCCAACAGUCAGGGAAGAUGGAAACUGUAAUCCAGCCACCUGUGUGGCAGAUGCACGUGUGGUGGCCUUGCUCCUGAAAGAAUAAUUGGUCAUACAGCCACACGUUGUGAAUGCAAGGUGCCCUAAGGCAGUGUUCUUUGACCUUUGGAGCCCAGAUGUUGUUGAACUUCAACUCUCAUCACUCCUAAUCAUUGACUAGGCUGGCUGAAGAACAUAUUACCGGUUGUGGAUGUGGGUAAAAUUCCUUCCCAGGCCCAUCAACUAGCAGCUAACAGAAGUCUGAAAAAGAGGCUGAAAUCCGAGGGAGGGAAGAUAAGGGUUGACUAGUGAUAAGAAGAGGAUGCACUGCACUCAGAGCUGUACCUAGGUGAUCUUGUGCCCCUGGCAGAACCGUCCAGAUUGCGCCCCCUAGCCACAAACAAAUUAGCUCUUCUCUCCGCCUCUCCUCCAACCCCCCCCCCACCGCACCCAUUCAUUUCCUCACACACUUCACCUUGUAAUGAAUUCUGAUUAAAGGAGGACACCAAGAUGGAGAAGGCUGACCUAGAUGACAUUAUAUAGGAGUCUCCCUACUUAUGCACAGGUUACAUUCCAGGACCCUGCAUGCAUGUGAAAUCGCAUAAAGUAGGGAGCACCCCUCUUUAAUAGGGAGAAGGGCAUGGGAGCCAAUUCCUUGGGGCCAAGUUUCCUUCACUCCCCUAAAAUAUUUGAGGAGGUCCCCCCCGCCCAGUUAAUGGGCAUUGCCAUUCAAAUAGUGUGUGUGUGUGUGUGUGUGUGUGUGUGUGUGUGUGCGCUCCAUCUCUUGAUUAUACAGCCCUGACUGCACUCCCAUUCCUGACUUUUAAGGUCAGGGGAGAGCUGAACAUGAUGGAAGGUUUCCCUUGCCCAACCCAGCCCUAUUCCUACUCAGGCAGUAACCAGCACCUAGUUGACCCCCAGGCAACAUGGAAUGACUUAUGCUUCAGCAGAAUUGGGUGCUGGGCAGGGAGGUAGCAGAGGCCCCUCCCAUUAUUACUGUGUGUAAUGCACAAAGUGCCCCAUCCCAGGGGCAUAGGAAGGGGGUGCAAGGGGUGUGGGUCACCCUGGGUGUCAUUCUGAAGGGGGUGACAUUCGGGGUGGCCCCCGCCUGCCCAUGACUCCCCCAAGUUCGGCAAGCAGUGAAGCAGCUGCUGCAGCUCUCCCCCUUCCCCCCGGCUUGCUGUAGGCUUGGAAGUCACGGGGGGCUGCUGAAUGUCACCCCCUUUCAGCCCAACCCAAGACUCCCCCAAGCCCAGCGAGUGGCAAAGCAGUGAGCACAAGCGAGAAAAGCGACGAAGCAGCUGCUGCAGCUCUCCCCCUUCCCCAGCUCACUGUAAGCUUGGGAGUCGUGGGGGGUGCCGAAUGUCACCCCCCCUUCAGCAUGAAGGAGGUAACAUUUGGCGACCCCCAGCCCCUGGGAUGAUCGCAGUGUUGCGCCGAUUGGCCCCUUGAAUGAAUCUCCCUGCCCCUUGGGCGAUCACCUCAUGCCCGGGUGCACGGCAUGUGUGCUGCUCUGGGUGCUCCACCCAGCUCCGCCACUGCCCCAUCCCACUUAUGUGGUUGAAACUGAUUAUGCCUAUACACUGAUGCAAAGGCUGCUGAAAUUGUUAAUACUCAACAUUCCACCAGUCUUUAUCUAAUCAAAGCAUUAUGGUCUGAGGGAUUUUAAGUGUCCUAGUUCAAACUCCCCCUAAAGCCUUGACCUUCCUUCUUGGUUAUAUAGGAACAAGAUAACUCUUUCUCUCUCUCUUUUGCUCUCUCAUGCACAUAGAAGGUAUCGACUUUCCAGGACUACCCUACACUUUUGUUAGACUUCUAUGUUCCACUUAAUGCAUAGCAUGCAACUAUGCUAUCUUCUUAGUCUUAAAUGAACUGAGCCAGACCCUGCAGCAAACUUUUAAGGCCUUUCUUUGUGUGACACCACACACACACACACACACACACACACACACGGAGGGUGGCAACACAAGAAUGGGACUUUUCAGCAGUGUCCCCUUGCUUAUGGAAUGCUUUCUCCAGAGAGGCAUGCCUGACACCAUCUUCAUCCUUAGGCAGCUAGCAAAUAUUUUUCUCUUUAUCUAGGCUUGUGGCCCUUAAUUUGAAGGACGGCAUUGUGGCCUCUUUUCAUGGGGACAGGACCCGUAGAUCUGCUUUCUAUUUGUAUAGCUGUGUCUUUAGGUUUUUAUUGAUAUUCUUAAUUGGUUCUAAGUCACUUUGGGUCACUCUGCAAGAAGAGGAACCAACAAAUACAAUAAUUAAAAAUUAAUUGCAACUGCAAGGAGCGGUGGUUAUCAAGAUAACAGUGUGUGGGGAGGUGUGGUUUAUCCCUUCUGUCCCUAGCCAUGAACACCCACCACCCAAUAUAUCUCUCACCACCCCUCUUAGACCAGAGGGCAUCAUUAAACUGUUCCCAUUUGCACCAUUGGAAGGGAGGGAUGCUACUGAGUCUCAUAUCCAGGCAAUAUCCAGCAGUUGCUGCUGGGGAGGGGAGUAAUACACUUCACUCCCCUGUGUGGAGGGGUUGUAUCCAACUAAGUUCUACUCAGAGUAGACCCACUGAAAUUGAUGGGCCAAGUUAGUCAUUGCCAUUCAUUUCAGUGGGUCUACUCUGAGUAGGACUAUCAUUGGAUACAACCCAAGAAUUCCCCUAACCCCACAUUAGCUGCAAUGAAGGAAAAAAGGAGACAUAGUUGCACAGCAUAUUUAUGUGUAACAUGUAGUCUGACUCUUUGCAGUGAAAGAGGACUCAGCAACAUCCAUCAAUUACGGUAUAUUGCUAUAACUGCAUUAUAAACAUGUGGCACCAGAUGAUGAUGUAGAGCAGUGAUUUGCCGCCAAUGGGAUUUUCCAUUGACAGCUUUUAUUAGGUGUUUUUCUAUAGCGUUUUUUAAAUCAGUAUACAGUAGAUCUAACCAGCCCGUCUGUGUUAGAUCUCCUGAGCUUAACAAGUCUUGCACAAUUCCCCUUCCCCAAAUCCUCCUUGCAUUUUUGGUGUGUGUUUUCCCCCCAGCAGACAGACCCUCUGCUUAGCUUUCAAACGCUCUUCUGCCUAGCUACAUUUUUCAACUUCUCAGCUGGAUGCCAACUCUUGCACUGCACAACCCCUGAACUCAGGGUGAUUCCAGAAGUGAUCGUGCUGGGAUGAACUCAGCUGGAAUGAACACACACACACACACACACACACACACACACACAUUCUUCAUAAAGACAAAUGGCACAGCAAUACUCUUUUGGAAAUGGCUUUAUAUAGCAAGGACAGAAAUAAGCAGCUGACCACAGCUUCCUCCAACAGUGUUGUCUAGAGGGCUAGAUUGCAGCAAAUGUUACCUUGAGAGGUUUCUUUCCUUUUUUCUGCAAAAACCUUAUAAUAUAGAAACAGAUAUAAAAUAAAUGGUGGGUGAACAGAGCCUCCAAACGGGGUGGUUAAAUAUUUAGAAAAUGACACUCAACUCCCACUCACUUCAAAUGGAGACACAUUUUUUAAAAAUGUAAAAGGUUACUGCUGGUUUGAGGGCAAUUUAGGAACUACUGUAGAUAUAUUUUUCAUAUUGAAAGAGAGACAUUCAAAAAAAUCUGGACCAUCUGAAAAAAUUGAGAGGGAAAUGACAUCAGGAAUUCAGCACAGAAGACUGGAAUGGCAAACUUGUGCAAAACAAGAGUUACAUAUUGUAAUUGCUAACAGGUUAGUACUUAUUUAAGUGGAUGUGAGCAUAUAUGUCAGAUUCAUUGCCACCUUGAAGAUUCUCUGUAUUCUUCGUUAUAAUGUGAGUUUGUAUUUCCCCUUUCCUAUAAUCUGAGUAAAGUUGCUGCAUAUGCCCCUGAUUUGUAUAUGGGGUGAAAUAUUGCAGUUCAACAACCUCUGGAUGCCACCACACUGGCAACCUGUGGUGUAGAUCAGAGUAGAACUGGAGAGACUUUGAAAUUCAGUCAUUUUCUCUCUGCUUAACCAACCUUACAAGGUUGUUGUGAGAAUUAAAAUGGUGGGGAGUAGAAAAGCAUAUAUGUCAUAUUGUGAGCUGUAAGCAGGAGGGUGACUUAUGAAUAUAGUGAAGAAACAGAGCCCAUGGCCACAAUCCCAAGUAUUCAUCAGCAUGGAAACACUCAACAGAAUAUUGAGGAUAGGGGUGGGGAGUGGCUCAAGCGGAACUUUUCUACAAUGCGUACCUUGUGAUUCCUAAGCAUUUGUCCAUACUGCUAAAUAAUGGGUGCUUGCUGAGAUUAUCCAUUGGCAAAGGAAAUAUACUCUGUAUAGGCUGACGAGUGCUCUUAUUAAAUGACAUGAUGAGUCUUGCUACUGGAAAUUGAUCACCUUGGGUUCCAAUUAAUACCUGACUGUUCCAAUAAUUAUUUCAGAACAUUUUUCUUUAUAAAAGAGAGAGAGAGAAAGAAAGAAAAGAAGGAAAGAAGCAGUUUAAAACCUGCCAAGUUGUUCAGAGCCCCAAUCGUCACAUUUCCUUCAGUAAAUGUGAGCAGCUUUCCAACAGAAGCUCACAGGUGCACCUGAGAUCAACAUCUAGCUGA